CCCAGCACAGUCAGCUGAAAUCCAGAGCUCAGCUCAGAAGCUCAGAGAGGGGAAGCAGACAAAACGCAGCUUCGGCCGGGAAACAUCGUCAGACUCAGCAAAGGCAUGGAAUUCGACCACGAAACACAAACUCCAAAGGGCAAACAGAGGGAUCUAAAUCCACAGGCUGCAGGAAUGCUUUAAAACUUUCUUGUAGCCUUGCUUUGUUGAAAGGGUCUUUAUUUUCCAUUUCAAGUGACGUGACACAGGGACAAUCCAUCUCUCAGGGCAGCCCAUCUGAAGUGGAUCAUGCCCCCUAGAUAGCAGCCUCGUCCUCCUCUCCACUCCCCCUCCCUGCCCCUUGGCCCCUUCCUCUACCUUCCUGGUCCAGUACCAUCACUGCCACCUGUGUCACCACAGCCGCCAUGCCCCCCAGGAAGAGGACGCGGCCGGGCCUGGGCUUCCUGUGCUGCUUUGGCAGCAGCGAGCCGCCGGAGAUCAACCUCAAGGACAGCGUGCCCCUGCAGCUGCUGGAGUUCAGUGCCCCCAUGCCGCCCGCUGAGGAGCUGCACGCACGUUUCUCCGAACUGGUGGAUGAACUGGACCUGACGGAUAAGAACAGGGAGGCCAUGUUCGCUCUGCCCGACGAGAAGAAAUGGCAGAUCUACUGCAGCAAGAAGAAGGAGCAAGAAGACCCCAACAAGCUGGCCACCAGCUGGCCCGACUACUACAUUGACCGCAUCAACUCCAUGGCUGCUAUGCAGACCCUGUUUGCCUUUGAUGAGGAGGAAAUGGAAAUGAGGAACAAGGUGGUGGAAGAUCUGAAGACGGCACUUCGGACUCAGCCGAUGAGGUUCGUCACACGCUUCAUCGAGCUUGACGGCCUCACCUGCCUCCUCAACUUCCUGCGCAGCAUGGACUACGAGACGUCGGAGAGCCGCGUCCACACCUCUGUCAUCGGCUGUAUCAAGGCCCUGAUGAACAACUCCCAGGGUCGCGCACAUGUCCUGGCCCACCCACAAAGCAUUAACACCAUCUCACAGAGCCUGCGGACGGAGAACAUCAAGACCAAAGUGGCGGUGCUGGAGAUCCUUGGGGCGGUAUGCCUGGUGCCGGAUGGACACAAGAAGGUGCUGCAGGCCAUGGCACAUUACCAGAAAUACGCUGCGGAGAGGACUCGCUUUCAGACGCUGCUGAAUGAGCUGGACAAGAGUACAGGCCGCUACAGAGACGAGGUCAACUUAAAGACUGCCAUCAUGUCCUUCAUCAACGCCGUGCUCAAUGCUGGAGCUGGGGAGGACAACCUUGAGUUCCGCCUCCACCUAAGGUACGAGUUCCUAAUGUUGGGCAUCCAGCCGGUUAUUGACAAGCUCCGAGAGCAUGAGAACGCCACUCUGGAUAGGCAUUUGGACUUUUUUGAGAUGGUGCGGAAUGAGGAUGACUCUGAGUUGGCCAAAAGAUUUGAUAUGACCCACGUAGAUACUAAGAGUGCUGGUGCCAUGUUUGAGCUGAUCAAGAAGAAGCUGAGCCACACAGACGCCUACCCCAACCUCCUCUCCAUCCUUCAGCACUGCCUGCAGAUGCCCUAUAAACGUGGUGGUGGCAGCCUGCAGCACUGGCAGCUCCUAGACAGGAUCCUCCAGCAGAUAGUCCUCCAGGACGACAAGGGAGAGGACCCCGACGUCGCCCCUCUGGACAACUUCAGUGUUAAGAACAUCAUUCGAAUGUUGGUCAAUGAGAAUGAGGUGAAACAGUGGCGAGACCAGGCAGAGAAGUUCAGGAAAGACCAUGUAGAGCUGCUAGCCAAACUAGAGAGGAAGGAACGGGAGUGUGAAACCAAGACCCAGGAAAAGGAGGACAUGAUGAAGACUUUGAACAAGAUGAAGGACAAACUCCAGCGCGAGGGAGUGGAGCUGCGCUCAGCCAGGGAACAAGUCCUUGACCUGUCCUCGCGCAUUAAUGACAUAUCUGGCGUCGGUGUGUCUUUCCCACCUCCACCUCCUCCUCCUGGCGGCCCCAUGGCUCCACCUCCACCCCCAAUGAUGGGUGGCUUUCCUCCACCUCCUCCUCCGCUGCCAUUCAGCUGCCCGCCUCCUCCACCACCUCCUCCCCCACCUGGAGCACCCCCUCCACCGCCAGGAGCCCCUCCCAUUUUCGGAGUCCCGCCUCCUCCUAUUCCCUCGUCUUUUAACUCAGCGACCACCAUGCGCUCCAAGUCCAUCCCUCAGCCUUCUCAUCCCCUAAAGUCCUUCAACUGGGCCAAACUAGGAGAGAAUGUGAUCAAUGGCACCAUCUGGAACGACAUUGACGACCUGAGAGCUUUCAAGAUUCUUGACCUCAAGGACAUAGAGAAGAUGUUUUCAGCCUAUCAGAGACAACAGGACCUGCUCACUAACCAAUCCUUCAAACAGAAAGAGACAGGCUCUAUGGACGACAUAUACGUCAGCACGCGGAAGGUCAAAGAGCUGUCAGUCAUCGAUGGUAGACGUGCACAGAAUUGUGUCAUCCUGCUUUCAAAGUUAAAAAUGAGCAAUGAGGAGAUCAAGAGGGCGAUCCUGGAGAUGGAUGAGAGGGAAGAGCUAGCCAAAGAUAUGCUGGAGCAGCUGCUGAAGUUUGUCCCAGAGAAAAGUGACAUUGAUCUCCUGGAGGAGCACAAACAUGAGCUGGAGCGGAUGGCCCGGGCUGAUCGCUUCCUCUUUGAAAUGAGCAGAAUUGACCACUACCAGCAGAGACUGCAGGCUCUGUUCUUCAAGAAGAAGUUUGCAGAGCGUCUAGCUGAAACCAAGCCUAAGGUUGAAGCCAUCCUCAAUGCGUCCAGGGAGGUGGUCCGCAGCAAGAGGCUGACUCAGAUUCUGGAGGUGGUGCUGGCCUUCGGCAACUUCAUGAACAAGGGCCAGAGAGGCAACGCCUACGGCUUCAAGGUCUCCAGCCUCAACAAGAUUGCUGACACCAAGUCCAGCAUAGACAGGAACAUCACCAUGUUGCACUACCUGAUCAUGAUCAUUGAGAAGAACUACAAUGACACAAUGCACAUCCAGGACGACCUCAGCAGUGUACCAGAGGCAGCCAAAGUCAAUUUGGCGGAGUUGGAAAAAGAGGUGCACAGUAUCAAAAGUGGACUAAAGGCACUAGAGGCGGAGCUACACUACCAGCAGGGCAGGACGAGGGAACGUGGGGACAAGUUUGUGGCUGUGAUCGGUGACUUCAUCACCGUGGCUGGCUUCAGCUUCUCUGAACUGGAGGACCAGCUGAGUGAAGCCAAGGACAAGUUUGCCAAAUCUCUGAAGCACUUUGGGGAGGAGGAAGGAAGGAUGCAACCCGAUGAGUUCUUCGGGAUCUUCGACACCUUCUUGCAGUCGUUCAGCGAAGCACGGCAAGACCUGGAGAACAUGCAGCGACGUAAAGAUGAGGAGGAGAGGAGGGCACGAAUGGAGGCCAUGCUCAAGGAGCAGAGGGAACGUGAACGGCGGGCCAAGAAGAGCGGGGCCUCAGAGGAGGUCGGUGGGGAGUUCGACGACCUGGUGUCAGCACUGCGUUCCGGCGAGGUCUUCGACAAGGACCUGAAUAAAUUCAAGCGCAACCGCAAGCGCUCCGUCAACCAGCUGGUCGAAGGUGGGGGCCGCGAACGAGCUGUCACCAAGGUCAACUACUAAGAUGGGAAAAGGAAGGAAAAAAAAACACUAGACACUUAAAUUCUGCCGUGGUGUAGAUCUCUUUAACACCUUUAGUCCAGGUCCUUGGACAGUGACCAUUGACAUUGGAGAGGAUGUAAAUAACGGCUGGACUGGACAUGUAGCGACAUGUAUAGACAGCCACGCCGUUUUGAAGGAUGCAACACCCUCCUCUGAUUGUUCUUAUAAAGCUAUUCCCAACCUGUCUGUCCUGGGUGUCGUAUGAUCACCUGAGCUGGACAAAAGGACAAUUGGGAUCUAUGAAUGGACGGACAGACCACUGUGACACAUUAUCCCAUAUCUUUUGACCAUAUCCUUUUAACACUGUGCUCAAGCUUCCAGUUCUUUUUCACCCCGUUUUUCACAGCUCUUUUUAUCCUCACAAACCCUUCGCUCUUCUUCUGUAAGUUCCUUGGUGCUGAAGCAGUCCUAUCUUUUUGCUAUCUGGCUCUUAAACACACAGGACUUUGGGAUCAGCCAGUCACACUGUACAUAGACUCGAGGCCAAGAGAAAGGAUUGGAAAAAGGACUUUGAAAAAACUGAAAAAGAAGAUGGAAUGGGGGAACUAAGCCAUAACCUCCACAGUCAUGGUUGCUUCAAGGGUCCCCCAGAAAAGAGACUUUUCAGCCACAGAAUAGAUGGGUAUUCAUGAACUUCCUUUACUGGAAAGAGGGGCGUGCAGAUGGCGAAUCCCAGAAUGCUUUGUAGGCUUCAGGAAGAGUGAGGAAGGAUACACGUCAGGGGGGUUAUCGCUACAUCCCAACGGCCUCCUCCAGCACAAAGCAUUCCCAGGGAGGACUCAUGCACACCCCGAGCUGCAGUUUCAGAGGAUACAACUCUUCUCAAGGAAAAACAACUUCUCAGUUUAAUCCACCUGACAAAUGAUGACUGUGCCACAAGGGUCAAGCCUCACCUCCAUUCUUCAAUGGUUACAACAUUGUUCUGGCAUCAACCAGUGCCAAAGCAAAGAGAAAACAAAUGUAAAUGUAUUAAUACAAAACAUACUGCAAUUAGGCGUUGAUAUAUAUUUAUAUUUAGAUGCAGACAAGCUAAUUGCAAAGAUGUAGAGGUUUUUUUAUGUUUUCAUGGCAUUUUGGGGUUUUGUACACGCGAUGCAUUAUUUGUUGGUGUUGCAAGUUCACAUUGCUGUUAAAGUGAAUUUCUAUACAUUUUGCGCUUUAUGUAAAAAAAAAAAAAAAAAAAAGGUAAUUGCUUGUCCUUUUCACACCUGUACGUCUUGUUUGCACUGUAGCUUUUCUGACCAACUUUACACUCCACAAGCCGAUGUACAGUGUCCUCUGGAAACACUCCUCUCUGCACUUAAAUGACCCCUUAUCUAUAACAAUGAUAAUAGAGGAACGCCAUAUAUGAAUUCAAAUCUGCAGUUAGUUCACGGUGCUCUCCCUGCUCUCCCAGCUGCAGCUAAAAUGCAGAUCAUGUGGACUCACAGUAGCGGCCAAAAGGAUGCUGUGUAGCAGUUCUCAUUGGGCCCUUUAAUGACUCUCAUCCAUAGUAUCCGUAGGAUCAGUUCCACUGGUGCUAAAACAUGUGGUCUCAAGACAGAGCCAGCAGCCCAGAUGAGGACUUCUCAAGGUAAAAACUAGUGCUUGAUUCCUCUGUGACCAAGAUUCAGUCUCAUCAUACAGUAUUUCUCUGUUUUUAGUUCAGCUGCCGUUGUAAUAUCAGACCACACUGUCUACUGAGUGUUAUUGCAAAGUCAGGGUACAACAAAGCACUUACAGCGUGUAGAAAAUGAAAUAUAGUGGAGCAACAGAGAAAAGAGUCCUUCCCUUCAUCUUUCCUUCCAGCUUCUCUCAACAUUUGAGAUAUUACUAGACCCUGUUACUAUGCGCAACCUGUUGCCAAACAAGAGUCAGACCCACAUACUGAAGCCAACCUUGGUCAUUUUUCUUUUAAGUUUUUGAAAUAUUCAAUUCAGUAUAUAUUUUUUAUUUAUGUAUAUGCAUUUCUAAAACCUUAGCAGUAGGCAUGACAAAGGCUGCAGUGUAAAGUAUGGGCUCGCCUCAGUACGACAUUUAUAUCAAGAUGGACAUAAAGUGCAGGGUGGCUUGCCACAGGAAGAAGUGUGCCCACAGACAGGGCUUUAAUCCUGGGACGAGGGCUCUGCUGUGGAAGGAGCUGCUCCUGGUCAAUUUUAAGGAGGAUGAGGAUCGAUUUAAAAACGAGAAUCAUAUGCUACAUAUGAAUAUAUAUCUUCACAUAAGCAGGUAGAGGGUAACAUGCACAUGAAGAACAUAUGAAAUAUCCUGGUAAUCAUCCCUCUUUUUGUUAGAUAACCCAUUUAAAUCAUUCCAUCUGCACCGCAUGGCUACUGAAGUACAGUAUAGAGCUACAUGUGAGCAGUACAGUAGGGAAAUUGGUCUUUUUCAAAGCAAAUGGACACAUGUUGUGUUUGAUCUUCCUGUUGGCCUAUUUGUGCAUGUUUAGCUAAGGCUUCAUGUUGUAGCAUGCAUCCCUUUUAUGUAGACAGGCCAGAAGAUUUGCACACCAGCCCCUCGUUCAGUUUGUAAGGUGUAAGAGUUCAGUGAUUAACAGUCACAGUUUUUCCUUUUCUCGCAUUGAACUUGAGACGUUUUCCCUCUGCACUUGACUCAGUGAGCACUUGGUGUGUGAACUGUGGUGUCACAAAACACAAGAAAAAGACAUUUCCAAUGUCUGAUUAUUGGACAUCAGUUCAUAUUUAAUUUACGAUCCCACUAUUGUAUGUAAUUACUACAGUGGUAAUGGCUACCCCUGAUUGUUCCCUCACCUUGCCAGCUUUUCUGUUCUGCUUCAUUUUCACCUUGAAGUGCCUCUGACCCUGUUUUCACAUGUUUACCAUUCCUUUUAAUGUAUUUUAGUGCUUGUGGCUUUCCCAAAUAUGUACAGUGUUUUGCUCAUGAAAUGCAGCCCACAGUUGGAAUUGGACUAAUUGGCGCCAUCUUGUGGCUUCAGAUAGUGCUUUUUUGUGUGCCUCGUUCACAAGCACUUAAAAGCAGCUUUCCAAAGUGUUAAAGGGACAGUUCACCACCAAAUCAAAAAUACAUAUGUUGUGCUAUUUAUCGAUCCAAAUUAUUUUUCUUGGUGCAAGUUGCCGAGUGUUUGAGAUAUCGGCCGCAGAGAUGUCUGCCUUACUCGUAUAAUAGAACUAGAUGGCAGACAUCUCUCGAUUUCUCCAACACUCAGCUGUUCACAUGAGCAGCACAACACGUAAGAGGAAGAAAUAUGAGUUUCUGAUUUUAGGUUGAAUUGUCCCUUUACCAUGAUGUGGCUCUCGACCCCAGCUCUGCACGAUAACUCAAAGUCUCCAAAUGUGAAGUCAAACAGGUGUGCUUCAGUGUGGCUGGCAUGUCAUCAGAGAGGUUUGACCUGUACAGAGAAAAUUCCUUUUCACCUAAACUUUUAAGUUAUCCAUAAUCUGUCACCUUACAGAGACAAGUCAUCCUACCAGGGGUUUAGUCCGUACAUUGUUCCUCAGACUGAAGCAGAGACAAGCUGAUGUGAGGUUGAUAAGACAAUGUGAGUGCAGAGAGGAUCUUUGAGUUCCCAUGUCCCACACUUUAGAGAUUAACCGGUAAACCAAAUAGAUUAAAAUGUUCAGACACUUUGAUUAAUCAGAGAAGUUCUAAAUCUUAAGGGGGUAAAUGACGUAUGAUUGCCUAAUUCUUUAACCAGCAUCUCAUGUAUAUUUGAGCUAUAUGAUUUCCUAACCUCUGCUCCUUUGUCUUUCAAGUUAAUCAGAGUUAGUAUAUCAGACUUUGGCAGACCCUUUAAACUCUUAAUCCAGAGCUUUAACCCAUAUUGUAGUGCAGACUAUUUACUGAGGGGGUAUUGCAACAUUGUCAGUAUUAUUACACGUUUAUAUUGUUACAUGUUUGGAUGUUUAUUUGGCCAUUGACUGGCUGAUUUUUGGAGUGUACAGAUGGAAAUCAGAGGAAUGAAAUUAGUAGCUUGUUCAAUGCACUUUUAUUAUGGGACAUUUCCAUUUGCAGCGCCGUUUUGGGGGCUUAGAUCCCUCUAGAAAUGAGAAGGGUGCAACGAAAGAGUGGUGCAAAAAGGAGAAAGAGAGAAAUAGGCAAGUGAGGUUGAGACUCCGGCUGGGCCGCUGGAAACACAUUAACAGUCUGUUUGAUGGCAGAGAUGGGAUUUACAGGGACGCAGACAGAAAGAGGGGACACUCAUGCGCAUCAGGAGUGUACUGAGUUUGAAACCCUCACCUGUCUGUGUCACCUGCCUUGGUGUAAAAGACAAAAAUGGGGGGAAUGUUUCUCACACCACCACAUUUCUGUCAAAUCACACACUUGGCGUCGACCUGCAUGCCUAAAGAAGGGUGCACAAAGCGUGAUGUGUUGACUUUAAUAGAAAAUUGCUUGCAAUAUGGAACGCACCUGUUACACAACAAUUUGUACUGCCUGAGAAAAAGUUGCACCCAGUUUUAGAGGUUGUAUAAUUGUGAGGAGUCAGUAUUUUUUAUGGUUGGAAAAAAAAAAUCCUCCACCGAAAGAUGUACAGUUGGAAAAAAAAGGAUUUUGUACACCAUUCUUGAUGUUUGAGAUAAGAUUGAAAAAAGAUUAAAACAUUGAGGAAUGUUCCAUUUUCCUGUAAAUUGUACCUCUAUUUAUUUGCCUUAUUUAGUUUGCUAUAUUUUGUAUGUACACACAGCAUUACAACAAAAUGUUAUAUUAAAAAUAUGAAUAUGAAUAAUUAAACUGUGGUCCGUGUAUGAUGGAUAGUUUUGAGACUUGUAUAAGAAUGAGAAUCUUUUUUUUUUCUUUCUAUAAUUUUAUUUUUGUUUUGUAUUUUUUUCUCACCCUGUGUCUUUUGUAGGGUUACAAUAAACUUUUGUCCCUUACAACUGAUUGUGU